AUGGACCACGAUGUCAAUCGAGCCUCAUCUCCACAGCCGCACGGCGAAAUUGAGGAGGUGAAGAAGAGCGCCGGUCAGCUGGAUGCAGCAGCUGAGUAUCUGCGUCUUCACCAAGAUGAAUUCGUCGAUAUCACCGAGGAAGAGGAGCGCAAGGUUCUCCGCAAGAUUGAUAUUCUGCUGAUGCCGAUCAUGCUUGUGACCAUUACAUUGGCCGCCGUAGAUAAAAUUGUCAUCUCCAAUGCUGCGCUCUAUGGCAUGCAAACAGAUACAGGCCUCAAAGGCCAAUUGUACAGUUGGACCGGGUCUAUCUUCUACUUUGGUUACCUUGUCAGCGAGUAUCCUUCCAACUUCCUGCUGCAGAAGCUUCCGGUUGGCAAAUUUCUCGGCAUAUCUUGCAUUAUCUGGUCCGCCAUAGUAACUCUCAUGGCGGCGGCACAAAACCCUCCCGGCAUUAUGGUCCUCCGCUUCUUGAUGGGUGCACUGGAAGCACCUUUGUUCCCGUCCUGUUCCAUCAUUACCGUGAUGUGGUACAAGCGAUCUGAGCAGCCCAUCAGAACGGCCAUCUGGUUCUCUGGACUUUCUUCUCUUGUCACAGGAAUCGUGUCCUACGGUAUCGGUCACACCAACACUUCCAUCGCACCGUGGAGGCUUCUCUUCAUCGUACUAGGCGGGUUUACAUUCCUGUGGUCCAUCUUCAUUACGAUCAUGUUGCCAGAUUCUCCUACCAAGAAUCGUUUCCUCAAUGAACGUGAGAAAUACAUUGCAAUCAUGCGCAUCAAAGACAAUAUGACGGGCACAGAGUCAAAGGAGUUCAAGUUUUAUCAAUUUCCUUGGCUCAUGAGCAUUUUGCUGACCUUUCUUGCGAAAACAGAACUCCCACGUACAAACAAGCACGGCUUACUCGCCUCGUACUACUGCUUCUAUUCCUAUUGGGCACCAUACGUGACCGUCACCUCCCUCCCUUUCGCCAACACCUCAGGCCAUACAAAGAAAACCACCGUCAAUGCACUGAUGUUUAUCGCAUAUUGUGUCGCCAACAUCAUUGCCCCACAGUUCUUUAUCUCCACAGAAGUCCCGGGUUACAGAACGGGAUACUCGGCGAUCAUGGGCUUCCUCUCUGCGGGAAUCUGCAUGUUGGCUAUAUACGCUGUGGGCUUAAGGUUCGAGAAUGAAAAACGCGACAAAGUCAUCGCCGAGAAACGCGCUGCUGGGGUUGACGUUGAUGCUGAACGGGAGGCCGAGUCGCUCCUGGACAAGACGGACCGCGAGAAAACCUACUUCCACUACUUGUAUUAA